CUUAUAAAUCCUAUUCGACAAUUAAUAUUUAGAUUAAUAUAAAAAUAUGUCAGAACGAUUACCAGAAUCAUCAUCAAAAUCGCCCAAAACACCUACAUUUAAUUCACCUAAUGAAUACAUACUACCCAACAUUUUAUCACCACCCGAUACUCAUAUCAGUAUGCUCGAUUCCUGGAAGGAGCCAACACCAGCACAAAUUUCUACCAUGAGUCUUGAUGAAACCCGAAAAACACUACUUCAAGCUGUUAAACAUAUCGCUAUGCUUACACAGAUGCUGCGUUCGGAACGUGCCAACGUUGCACAUCACACAUUGCAACAUAAAUUAUUGGCACUUGAAAUCCAUGAAGCAUCUCAAAGAUAUUCCGUUGAAAUUAAUAUAAUUCGCCGAGAAGUGGACCGCCUAUUAUAUGAACUUGCACUCCCCUCAAAUACGUUUUUAACAUGUCAGCAAAACUACCAAAGCAUUAAACAAAAAUUACAAAAGACAUUGUCUUUGUUAGAACCGAAAAAAAACUCUACAAAAACCGUAUCGACUCCCACUUCAAAUAACGUCGCCCAUAUAAAGAAAGAUAAAGAAACCACACCAAAUCAACAAAAACAGGAGCAAAGUUCCCCUGAUAUAACUCAACAUAGUCUCAUGAGUCCUAUUACAUUUCAUUCACCACAAUCGAAACAACAUAAUAACCAUGAUAUUAUCAAAGAAGCCGAGAGUCAAUGGCUAUCUCAAAUGUCUUUAAAAAAGAAAUCAAAAAAAAAACAUUUAAAUAUAAAACGAAAAUAUAAACUCCGGCCUCGACAAUCCAUGCUUAUUAGUCCUAAUAUUUCGCCUCGUCUAAAAUGUUCAUGAAGUAAUUUUAACACUCGAAUAUUUGUUUAAUAUGAAGAUUUCUG